UGCCUUUUCAUCUCUCUCUCCCACCAGAGUUUUUUCCCUCUCUCUCUCUCUCUCUCUCUGGUUCCUUGUACCUUCCUCUCCAAUCUCCAUAUCUCUUUUAUCUUCGACCUAGUCUUCUUCUUCUCCUUGGUAGAGUGAAAAGUAUGAUCCAGCGGAGAUCUUUCAGCUGUUUGUUGUAUGUUUUGGGGAUGUUGUUGUUGUACAGUGCUAGUUUGGUUUGUGGUGGAGACAUAGUUCACCACGAUGAUUCGAUUCCACAGAGACCUGGCUGCAACAACAAUUUCGUACUGGUCAAAGUCCCAACUCGAGUAGAUGGGAAAGAAAAAGAGGAGUUUGUUGGUGUCGGUGCUAGGUUUGGGCCUACCUUGGAAUCUAAGGAGAAGCAUGCUACCCUCAUCAAACUCGCCCUUGCCGACCCUCCUCAUUGCUGCACCACCCCCAAAUCCAAGCUUACUGGAGAGGUCAUUCUUGUUCACCGUGGUAAUUGCAGUUUUACCACCAAAACUAAGGUAGCUGAAGCUGCUGGUGCCUCUGCCAUCCUCAUCAUAAACAACAGCACUGAUCUUUUUAAGAUGGUAUGUGAGAAGGGUGAAAACGUUUUAGAUAUCAAUAUCCCUGUUGUUAUGCUACCUAUUGAUGCUGGUAGAAGCCUCGAGGAGACCGUUCAGAGUAACUCCAUAGUUACCUUGCAGCUAUAUUCGCCGAAACGUCCAGCAGUUGAUGUGGCUGAGGUCUUUCUAUGGCUUAUGGCUGUUGGUACCAUCCUUUGUGCUUCUUAUUGGUCUGCUUGGACCGCUAGGGAAGAAGCCAUUGAGCAAGACAAGCUGCUAAAGGACGGAUCAGAUGAACUGUUGCAGGUAUCAACCACAAGCUCUAGAGGGGUUGUUGAGAUCACCGUGAUAUCAGCAAUUUUGUUUGUGGUGGUUGCUUCUUGUUUCCUCAUCAUGCUCUACAAGCUCAUGUCAUUCUGGUUUAUAGAAGUGUUGGUGGUCCUCUUUUGCAUCGGUGGCGUAGAGGGGCUGCAAACCUGUUUGGUCGCUUUGCUCUCAUGUUUCAGAUGGUUCCGGCGAAUAGGAGAAUCAUAUGCGAAAGUUCCUUUGCUGGGGGCAGUCUCAUACUUGACUCUGGCCGUUUGUCCCUUGUGCAUAGUAUCUGCUGUUAUCUGGGCAGUUUACCGCCAAUACCCUUUUGCUUGGAUAGGCCAAGAUAUCCUUGGAAUCUCGCUGAUAAUCACAGUUCUUCAAAUCGUCCGGGUACCAAAUCUUAAGGUUGGAGUUGUUCUUCUCAGCUGUGGCUUCAUGUAUGACAUCUUCUGGGUUUUUGUUUCAAAAUGGUGGUUCCGUGAAAGCGUGAUGAUUGUGGUAGCUCGUGGUGACAAAAGCGGAGAGGACGGCAUCCCUAUGCUACUAAAGAUCCCACGUAUGUUUGAUCCUUGGGGUGGCUACAGUAUCAUCGGUUUUGGCGAUAUCAUCUUACCUGGACUUCUUGUCACUUUUGCACUCAGAUACGACUGGCUGGCAAACAAGAGGCUCAAGUCUGGAUACUUCCUUUGGACAAUGUCUGCUUAUGGUCUAGGUCUUCUCAUAACAUAUAUUGCUUUAAACUUGAUGGAUGGACACGGGCAACCAGCUUUGCUUUACAUCGUUCCAUUCAUACUUGGUACUUUGACAGUGUUAGGUCAUAAGAGAGGUGAUCUGAAGACCUUAUGGACAACAGGGGAACCCGAGAGGCCAUGUCCUCACGUUCGCCUUCAACAUCAAUCUUAAAAGAAACCCCAUGGGAUCAGACCAGAUCAUUCUCUAGUUUUAUUGUUAAUACGGACACACGCUUGGUAGGUUUAUAUAUAAAUGUAUCUCUUCCUCACCCCUUACAGAACCAAAGUAGAACCCCCCGCCCUUCCUACACACCCUCUGGUCUUUUACUCUGUUCAUUUUUAACCUCCUUUUCUUACUUACAUCUUUCUUCUAUUCAACAAAGAAGAAGAAAAAAGAAUUAGACUGAGUGAAAUUUAUUUUUAUUUUUAAUUCUA